AUGUGGAUAAGAAACCGUAACAGGCCACUAAGUCCUUAUGACAUUGUUGAACUAUUUGACAGAUCUUACUUGAAAGUGCAAACAGGGGAAAUUGCAGAGAAUAGCUUUCGCGUUACAGGCCUUUGGCCAUUGAAUAAAAACAUAUUCAGCGAGAUCGACUACCUUGCUGCCCAACAAGAUGCAGUAAAAGAUGGUUGCACAAUCAAUGCCACUCCAACAAAAUCAAGCUCCGAGUCGAAAGAAUCAUCAAUAAACGAUGCAAGACCACCUGAUAAUAGUUUGAUUUUAACUGAAACUUCUGUCACACCAAGACAAGACACAGAAUUCGAUCCAGAACCCCCUCAACUUCCAGGCUUUCUCGCAGUACUCUAA